AUGGAACGAGUCGUAAUCGUCGGAGCAGGUCUUUACGGUCUCAUCGCAGCCAAGACGUAUCUACAACUUGUCGGGAAAUACGACAGUGAAAGCACAGCCAAAGGUACCGAUGAAAUCGCUGAAAUUCCUGCCUGUUUUACAGAGAACAUCGAUGCUUCCCCAACGGCCCCAUCGGAAAGUCGCCUUCUCGUGAUUGACUCUGCCUCGGAUAUUGGGGGUACUUGGGCUGAGGAGCGCCUGUACCCAAACUUGUUGAGCCAGAACUCAUAUGGACUUUAUGAAUUCAGUGACCUGCCUCUUUCGGACGUUGUUCCAGAGGAACAUGCGGAUGACACACAAAGUCAGUUCAUUGCAGGCUGGAAGAUCAACCGCUAUCUUCGUGUAUGGGUUGAGAAAUGGCAGCUUAAAAAACACAUACGAUUGAACUGGACGGUCAACGAUAUCAGCCGUCUAGAAAGCAAAGAGUGGAAGCUCAAUAUCAGUGUAUCCACGUCCCCGGGUCAGCGCAUCACCAUUGUCUGCGACAAGUUGGUCUUGGCUACAGGACUGACCUCGGUACCAAAUAUGCCCAACACAAAAGGGUCAUCAAUGACCUCCGAUAAUCCUGUUCCAGUUAUCCAUGCCAAAUAUGUUGGAGACUGGGCUCGAGAACACUUGGGAUAUCAGCCACUGAAAGCACCUGAGCCCGGGGCUGUUCACAUUCCAGUCAAGGAUUCCCCUUACCCACAACUGCGAUCGGUUGCAAUUUAUGGUGGUGCAAAAUCAUCCUUUGAUCUGGUGCAUUUCUUUGCGACUUUACAUCGCAACGACUCAAAGUUGCACCUUAAGUCUACACAGGAAAAUCCUGUCCAAGUACACUGGAUUAUCCGUGAUCGAGGUGUAGGGCCCGCGUGGAUGGUACCGCCAAUGUCUACUCUCCCAAAUGGCGACACCGUUGCAAGCGAUAAGGCUGCCAGCAGCCGACUACUCACCCAUCUCACCCCGUGCUGCUACGAGACUCCAAAACGUUUGUCUUUCGGGCCCAGGGGUCUUCACUGGGAGGGCUCAUGGCUAGCGCGGCUAUUCCAUGGCAACCCAGUGGGCCGAUGGUGGAUUCGUUGGCUCUGGCGAUCGAUUGACCAAAGCUUGGAGGACACGGCGCAAUAUGAUUCAGAUCCAAAGAUGGAAAAGCUUCGCCCAGAGAACAGUGUUGUCUCGUGCGCAUCAGGUAUUGGUAUCGCAAACCAAGGAGACCUCUGGGAAACAAUUAGAUUGCCCAAUGUCAACGUUUACCGAUCAGCCAUCACGGAUAUCGUCUCUACCGGGCCGGAGAAAUCCAGGGAUUCAUCCACAAAAGCUUUGGUGCGCUUGGCAGACAGCAGUUGUAUUGAUGAAGUUGAUCUGGUAAUCCACGCGACCGGAUUUAAGCCAAUAGUCCCGAUUCGGUUUGAACCUGUAAGUCUCCGUCUAGAACUGGGGCUAUCAGCCCUGGUGGACUCGGAGGGUGAGGAUAUUCACGGGAAUCGUGAAAUUCCAGCGGAAACACCAGAGAGAAUCAAGGGGCCACUCGAAUCAACCAUAAAUGACCGCAUAAAACACUGGGUCGAUCUAGAUCGACGUUCGGAUGUCAUGGUCAGGAAGACUUUAAAUGCGACGAGAUGUGCUCUCACAGACCGGGGUCCUCCCUCAUGGGCCGAGUCUCACAAGCUGGUGCCAUAUCGCCUAUUCCGCCGUAUGGUUGCACCUGAAUUAGUCGCACGAGGCGACCGCUCCUUUGCAACGCUCGGGGUUAUUUUAUCAUCAACUAUUGCUGUUGUUGCAGAGGUUCAAGCUCUUUGGGUGGCGGCGUUUUUAACAGGAGGGCUCGACUCCCCAUUGAACAUUAAGUCAAUCCCAGACCAAGCUCUCUCGCUUGGAAAUCUUUCGCUGGAGACUAUGGAGAAUGCUAUCUCGGAGGAUGUGAUCUUGGGUUCAUUGACGGGAACUGGCCUUGAAGUUGAGGCCAUUCAGUAUAAUGACAUGCUCCUGCGCGAUUUGGGACUGAAUCCCCACCGACUUGGGGGUGGUUUCUACACUGAGCUGACCGGGGUGUAUGGGCCUUCGGUGUAUGCUGGAAUCGUGGAUGAGUGGAAGAAGAGUCGAGGUUUGAAAGUGAAGAAGCUGUAG